AUGGAGGCAUUUGCAUCACUGAACCUCCAAAAACUUGCACUCUUGCCCAAUCAAACCCCAACCAAUGACUCCAAAUGCUGGAAUUCAAUCAUCAAGCACCACACUAAACUGAAAGAUGACCAUUCAAUACUCACUACCUACACUCAAAUGGAAUCACAGGGCAUCUUGGCCGACCCUUCCACUUUGCCUCUCGUCCUCAAGGCCUGUGGGAAGCUACAAGCCAUCGAAAGAGGCAAGAAGAUACAUAAUGACAUUUGGAACACUAACUUGAUCCAUGAUGUCCGAGUUCAGACUGCUCUUGUUGAUUUCUACUGCAAAUGUGGGUUAAUUCAAGAUGCCCUCUAUGUGUUUGAUGGAAUUACUGAUAGAGAUUUGGUGUCUUGGAAUGCUAUGAUAUCUGGGUAUGUGGGUUGUUCUUGUUAUGUGGAGGCAAUCAUGUUGUUUGCGGAAAUGCAGAGGGAGAGUUUGAGACCCAACUCGGUCACUGUGGUGGCAUUGCUUUCUGCUUGUGGGGAGCUCUUGGAAUUGAGGUUCGGGAAAGAGAUUCAUGGGUAUUGUUUGAGGAAUCGACUGUUUGAUUGUAAUGCUCAUGUGGGUACCGCUUUGGUUGGUUUCUAUUCAAGGUUCGGUGUGGAGAUCUCUGGCAAUGUGUUUGAAAUGAUGGUUUUGAGGAACGUUGUGAGUUGGAAUGCAAUGAUUUCUGGGUAUUUUGAUGCAGGGGAUUCUUGGAGAGCUUUAGUGUUUUUUGUGCAGAUGAUCAUGGAUGGGUAUAAGUGUGAUUCCAUUACAAUGUUGAUUGUCAUACAGGCCUGUUCGGAAGUUGGAUCUCUUAAACUGGGCCUGCAAGUCCAUCAAUUGGCAAUUAAAUAUGGCUUUAUUGAAGAUUUAUUCAUAGUGAAUGCAUUGUUGAAUAUGUACAGUAAGAAUGGAUGUUUAGCAUCUUCACUCCAGCUAUUUGAAUCCGCCCCCACUAAAGAUAUUGCUUUGUGGAAUUCUAUUAUGUCUAUGUAUGUUGAGAUUGGCUUCCUUGAGAAAGUUAUGAGUUUAUUUAUUAGAAUGAGAUUAGAAGGCAUCCGGGAAGAUGAAAGAACUAUUGCUAUUUUGUUGUCUUCCUAUGUUGACUUAGAUAAUGCUUUGAGCAAUGUGAAAAGCCUACAUGCUCAUGUAAUUAAAAGGGGGAAGGAGAUGACCACAUAUCUCGGAAAUGCAUUUUUAAGCAAGUAUGUAGAGCUAAAUUGUAUUCAAGAUGCCUUUAAGGUUUUUGAUGAUAUCGGCGAUUCAGAUGUAAUCUCAUGGAACACUUUGAUAUCGGCACUGGCCCGUAAUGGAUUUAGGGGUCAAGCAUGGGAACUCUUUGAGCAGAUGCAACAAUCAGAUAUCGAACCUAACUCUCACACAAUAAUUUCUAUACUUGCUGCUUGUGAUAAUGAAUCCUUUUUAAGUAUUGGCAGGUCCAUUCAUGGUUAUGUGAUAAAACAUAAUAUUGAAAUAAACCCAUCACUAAACACUGCACUCACAGAGAUGUAUAUGAACUGCAACAAGGAAUCAACAGCUAGGAACUUAUUUGAGAGCUGUCGAGACAAAGAUUUGAUCUCAUGGAAUUCUUUCAUUGCCAGUUAUAUUAAAAACAAGCAAGCUGACAAAGCCUUUUCACUUUUCCAUCGUAUGAUCUCUGAAGUGGAACCCAACUCAGUCACCAUCAUAAAUAUUCUCUCAUCAUGCACCCAUACGGCUAAUCUCCCUCAAGGCCGAUGCUUACAUGCCUACACAACCCGUAGGGAGUCUUCAUUAAGUUUUGAUUUGUCUCUGGCAAAUGCUUUUUUAACUAUGUAUGCAAGAUGUGGUAGUAUCCAAUAUGCAGAACAUAUUUUUAAAAUCUUGCCGAGGAGAAAUGCUGUCUCUUGGAAUGCCAUGAUUGACGCCUACGGCAUGCAUGGGCGAGGGUAUGAUGCUAUGCUUGCAUUCUCACAAAUGUUAGAAGAUGGUUUCAAACCAAACGGGAUAACUUUUGUAUCUGCCUUAUCUGCUUGCAGCCAUUCUGGUUUGGUGGAGAAAGGCUUGCAGCUUUUCCACUCCAUGGUUCAGGAUUUCUGCAUAACCCCUGAGCUUGUUCACUAUGGUUGCGUUGUUGACAUGCUUGGUCGUGCAGGGUGCUUGGAUGAAGCCAGAGAGUUCAUUAAUUUGAUGCCUAUUGCACCAGAUGCAUCUGUUUGGAGAGCUCUGCUCAGUGCUUGUCGAGUUUAUUCUGAAAUCAAACUAGCUAAAACCGUCUUUGAAAAGCUCAUUGAAUUAGAACCAACAAAUGCAGGAAAUUAUGUUUUGUUAUCUAAUAUCUAUGCUGCAGCAGGUCUUUGGUCAGUGGUCAGAAAAUUGAGAGUGCAAGUUGAGGAGGAGGGUUUAAAGAAGCCUCCAGGAAAAAGUUGGAUUGUUGUUAGAAGUAAAAUUCAUUGUUUUACAGCUGGAGAUAAAUCACACCCUCAGUCAGACAAAAUUUAUGCAGAAUUGAGUUCUUUAUUAUUUUCUAUCAAAAAAGUUGGCUACGUUCCUGAUCUUAAUUGGGUUUUGCAUGAAGAAGAGGAUGAGGAGAAAACUAAGAGGCUCUUCAGCCACAGUGAGAAGCUUGCUAUUGCAUUCGGACUGAUCAGUGUGAGUGGUGGGACCCCAAUCUUGAUCAACAAGAACUUAAGAGUUUGUGGGGAUUGCCAUGAAUUUGGUAAAUAUGUCUCUAAACUUGUUGGGAGGGAAAUAGUGCUCAGGGAUGGAAGCCGUUUCCAUCAUUUUGUUAAUGGACUCUGCUCGUGCAAAGACUAUUGGUGA